AUGUCGUCCAACCUGACAGAGGAGACGUCGUUUCGAGAGCGUCCUGGCGGCCAGGCUUUGUUUCAGAUGGAAGACUCAGCCACAGAUCUGCACCAGAGCCAGGCCUGUCCAGAAACAGACGAUGGAGGGACAGGUAAACUGCGUAGCCAGACUCACAGUGGGGAGAGACCACAUCGGUGUCGGGAAUGCGAGUUCGCCACAUCGAAGAUGUCCGCCCUGAAACGGCACGUAAGGACGGAACACGCCGCGGGGAAGAGGAAACUGACGGAGAAACACUGCUGUCCACACUGUGAGUACGAUGGGGCCAAUAUGAAGCUGCACGUCAGGACUCACGCUGGUGGGAGACCACACCAGUGCCCGCACUGCGAGUAUUCAGCAUCGCAGAGGGAUGACACUGGAAGGACACAUCAUGGCGAAACACAGUAA